AUGGACGAAAAUAAAAACCGGUCAGAAACUAGUGCAAAUGGCACAGGAAAAGAUUCUGAAAAAGACAUUAACCUGGGUGCAUUGACGCAAGUCCACAGUGAGAAAGAGGCCAAGCAAACUAAAGAGCAGGAGACUUUAGUUCCUAACGAUAAUAUCAAUGAACAAACAGAAAAAGCGAUCGUAAAUGUGACGGCACGAAAUUCUGAAAAAGGCGUUGAUGAAGUUGCAUCGAAUCAAGGCCGUAAUGAGGAAUACAGGAAGCAAAAUGGGGCACAGGAAAAUUCAAUUUCUGACGAAAAUAUCUUUGAACCAAAAGAGAGUAAUAACAUACAAUCAAGUCCUUCAGAUCGCUGCACAGAUACACCUGAAACAGAUAGCAUUGGAAAUGAGGAAAUACCAAGAAAAGUUCAUUGCAACAAAACGUUGAGGGGUGAAGAGAAAUGUCAAUCAGAAUCAAUCGCCGAUAUAAGAACAGAUUCGGGAAAAGAUAUUCUUCCGUUUGCAUCGAGCCAAGACCAUACUGAGAAAGACAUCAAGCAAAAUGAUGGACAGACGAAUUCCGUUCAUAACAAUAUUAUCUUUGAACAAAGAGAAAAUAAUAAUGGGGAAUCAAGUUCUUCAGACCUUAACACAGACGAAGCUGAGAGGAAAAUUGCAGGAAAGGAGGAAACCCUAGUAAAAGCAAAUGGCAACCUACAAGGGAUGGACGAAAAUAAAAACCGGUCAGAAACUAUUGCAAAUGGGACAGGAGAAUAUUUUGAAAAAGAUAUUAACGUGGGUGCAUCGAGUCCAGACCACAGUGAUAAAGAUAUCAAGAUAUCUGAGGAGCAGGAGAAUUUUGUUCCUGACUAUAAUAUCAAUGAACAAAGAGAAAGUAAUAACAUGGAAUCAAGGGCUUCACAUCCUAGCAGAAACGAAGGUGAAACACAUGUUUCAGGGAAAGAGGAAACAUUAAGAAAAACGCAUAAUAACGUACGAGGCAUGGUUGAACAGGAAUGCUCAUCAGAAGCUAUAGUAAAUGUGACAGGACGCGAUUCUGAAAAAAAGGUUGAAGAAUGUGCAUCGAAUCGAGGCCAUAAUGAGAAAGACAAAACAAGCGAAAUGGGGCACAGGAGAAUUCAAUUUGUGACGAAAACAUGA